AAGAUACAUCUAUUCGACGGCCCAUCGCAAGCCGAAACUACCCAACUUCCAGACCAAAAUGAAGUAUUGAGACUUGCAACAUUCUAUUUUGAUCAUUCUCACACUUUGUACCCUAUCAUUCAUCAGCAAGAGGUCAUGUCCGAUAUUCGUGCGGUCCUGAUAGAUCCCGAGCAACACUUGAUAAUGUCACCACCAUGCAUGUUCCGUAUCUGGAUGGUAUUGGCCAUUGGCUCAACAACGUACUCCUCGAUCACGUUGGCGGAAGAGUCCGUGUCUCGACUUUACUAUGAAGAGGCUAUGACAUACUUCGAUGCCUCUAUGGACCAUGGUGACAUUGUUGCCUUGGAGGUUAUAAUGCUUCAAGUGUCGUUCUCAUUCUUCAAUUCACUAGGCCCAAAUACCUGGUUCCUGGUAGGUACUGCGGCACGCCUAGCGCUUGGUAUGGGCUUGCAUUGCGACUCUACCCUACAAGGACUAUCAGAAGUCCUAGCUAUAAGGCGCAAGCGUCUCUUCCUUUCUAUAUACAUGAUGGAUCGGUUGGUAUCCAUCACUCUGGGCAGGCCAUUCGCCAUUCAUGAAGACGACAUCGAUAUUUCCGCGAGUUCCAGGUUGCCACCUGAUACGAUACUUUCUUUCAAAAUAGAAUCCUGCGACGAGCUUGACCACAGUAUGGCCGCGCCUCGAAUGUCAUUGUGUCAGCCACCGAUGGCCAUCACUGAGCACAUAUUACGGCUGCGAAAGAUUGCAAAUGACAUUGCAACCAAGGUGUACAACAAACGAGUCGUCUCGCGCUACACAGAAAUACAACGCCAGCAGACUCUCGAGUCAUUGCACAAAGACCUCCUGGAGUGGCGACAAAGUGUUCCAUUCCCAUUACCCAACCUGAAUCCUCAGGUACCGCAAGGGUGUCCGAGCUGGUACGACCUGAAUUUCUAUACCCACCUCACGGCACUUUAUCGACCAUCACCUCUGUUUCCGACGCUGGAUAUGCACAGAGUGAAUAUCCUCACUGAGACGGCAGCCAUGGCUAUACGGCAUGCGAACAGCAUGCGACUGCAGAAGCGGCUAGCUUUCAACUGGCUGACUUUGCUUGCGAUCUACAACGCUGUCAUAGCCCUAGUGUGUUCUGUAACAGUACAACCGGAGAAUCUGGCCGCUUCGCUGGAACGCCUGCGUGCAGUCGAGGAUCUUGAACUUGCGACCGAGUUGUUCACGGUUUUGGGAGAGAAGUUUCCUGCUUCAAAGACCAUUCGCGAUGGUCGCACAGAUCGU